CGGCGCUGCGGCCGCAGCCAUGAGUAUGCUCAGGCUUCAGAAGAGGCUUGCCUCCAGUGUUCUGCGCUGUGGCAAGAAGAAGGUCUGGUUGGACCCCAAUGAGACCAAUGAAAUCGCCAAUGCCAACUCCCGUCAGCAAAUCCGGAAACUGAUCAAAGAUGGCCUUAUCAUCCGCAAGCCUGUUACUGUCCAUUCUCGGGCUCGAUGCCGGAAAAAUACCUUAGCCCUCCGGAAGGGCAGGCAUAUGGGCAUAGGUAAGCGGAAAGGUACUGCCAAUGCUAGAAUGCCUGAGAAGGUGACCUGGAUGAAGAGGAUGAGAAUUCUGCGCCGGCUGCUCAGAAGAUACCGCGAAUCUAAGAUUGACCGCCACAUGUAUCAUAGCCUAUAUCUGAAAGUAAAGGGAAAUGUGUUUAAGAACAAGCGGAUUCUCAUGGAACACAACCACAAGCUGAAAGCUGACAAGGCUCGCAAGAAGCUCCUGGCUGACCAGGCUGAGGCCCGCAGGUCUAAGACAAAGGAAGCACGCAAGCGCCGUGAGGAACGGCUCCAGGCAAAGAAAGAAGAGAUCAUCAAGACUCUGUCCAAGGAGGAAGAGACCAAGAAAUAAAGCUGCCUCGCUCUUGUCUGUAUAUAGUGGCCUGGGCAAUUACAUAGAUCAGUCAUUCAAUAAAACAAACCUUUGUUUGC